UCCUCCUCCUGUCUCUGCCCAGCAGCCCCACGUACAUGCAGGAAAGCUAAAGCUAACAAGGACAAAAUGCCUUUGGCCAAAGACCUCCUCCACCCUGCUCUCGACUAUGAGAGAAGACAACACAAGAAGAAAAGACUUGUUCAGAGUCCUAACUCCUACUUUAUGGAUGUGAAGUGUCCAGGCUGCUACAAGAUCACCACUGUGUUCAGCCAUGCACAGACGGUGGUUCUCUGUGUGGGAUGCUCAACUGUGUUGUGCCAGCCAAAAGGAGGAAAGGCCAGACUGACAGAGGGUUGCUCUUUCAGGAGGAAGCAACAUUAAAAAGGGAAUGCCUCCUCAAUCAUGUCUGUAAUUCAGCCAUGGCGUUGAUAACAUUUUCCAUUGAUUACAAUGUAGUUCAUUCAAUAAUGAUACUGUCACUGUACAAAUGUUCAACUUUUAAGAUGAGUUUCAAAACUUGCUAGCAGUUUUUUUAAAUAUGAAAUGAGAUAUCUCAAUAAAUAAAACUGUUAUAAAAACC